UCGGCGGCUGCUGUUUGGACAACGCGCACUGGGAGCCGGGAGCCGCUCACAUCUGGCUGGGCUCCGCUCCUGACGCCUCGGUCCCGCUCGCUCCGGCUCUUCCUUCACUUUCGAGAAACCCGUUUCCGCUUCUGGCCCGGAGACCUCGGCGCCCGGAGACCGAGGUGCCGGGCCGGCCGCUGCCCGCACCGCCCCCCUUUCCACGCCUUCUCCCCGAGGACUUUUUCCUUCUUCCCCGCUCUCCUCGGACAAGUCUGUUCUUCCCCCGCCCCGGCCCGGGGGAGGCUGGAGGCCGGGAGAUGCUCUAAGAGGCGGCGCUGGGAGAGCCGAGGCCGCGGGAGGACGCCGGCGGGAGAACCCGGCCAACCGCAUCCUCCGGUGUGUCUCCCAGCAGCGCGCUGCGGGGCCAUGGGCUCCCGCGGACCCGGACGCAUGAUGGCGUGCUGCCUGCUGCUGGCCUUUGCCUGUGGCCCGGUGCUGGGCCGCGUGCCGCCUGGCCAAGAGGAACAGCAGGAGCAGGAGGGCACCGAGGAGCCGCUGCUGGACCAUGAGCAUGCUGAGAGGGCCGAAGACCAGCAUGGCGGGUACAGCCCCCGGCAGGGCGAGGAGCCCCCGGCCUCCCGCUGCUAUCGCUGCUGCGACCCCGGCGCCCCCCUGUACCCCACGGUCCCGGUGCCACAGAUCAACAUCACCAUCCUGAAAGGGGAGAAGGGCGACCGGGGCUACCGGGGCCUGCAGGGGAAGUACGGCAAACCGGGCGCCGCCGGCGUCCGCGGCCACGCGGGCCCCAAGGGGCAGAAGGGCUCCGUGGGCGCCCCGGGCGACCGGUGCAAGAGCCACUACGCGGGCUUCUCCGUGGGCAGGAAGAAGCCGCUGCACAGCAACGACUACUUCCAGACCGUCAUCUUCGACACGGAGUUCGUGAACCUGUACGGCCACUUCAACAUGUUCACCGGCAAGUUCUACUGCUACGUGCCCGGCGUCUACUUCUUCAGCCUCAACGUGCACACGUGGAACCAGAAGGAGACGUACCUGCACGUCAUGCGCAACGCGGAGGAGGUGGUGAUCCUGUACGCGCAGGUCAGCGACCGCAGCAUCAUGCAGAGCCAGAGCCUCAUGCUGGCGCUGCGCGAGCAGGACGAGGUGUGGGUGCGGCUCUUCAAGGGCGAGCGCGAGAACGCCGUCUUCAGCGACGAGUUCGACACCUACAUCACCUUCAGCGGCUACCUGGUCAAGCCCGCGGCCGAGCCCUAGCGCCGGCCCCGCCGCCCCCCCGCUCCCGCCCCACGCCGCCCCCCGCGGCCCGGCACCGGGCCGCCCCACUCUGGGUCACCGGGUCCCCACGCCCCCCGCUUUGGCGUUCGACGAGGCCCGGCACAGGAAAGGGAGGGACGCGCAGCCGUGGGGGCCCGGGCCUUGCUGUCUCCGGAGGUAAAAUCGCGGGCGGAGCAGGCGCGUGAGCCUGGCCGGCGCUCCCCGCUGUGGGCGUAUCCUUACGUGACCCCCAGCCAUCCCCCCUCCGGUAGCUCCAAACAAUCAUGCAAAUUUUGAAAGCUGAGCCGAGCCCAGGAACCGCAGGGAGAGGAGGGUGGCGGCUGCCUUCCCACAGCCAGGCCGCCCCGGGGG